GAUGCUAGAGGUUUGCGAGCCGAAGCGGCUGCUGCUGGCGCCGCGUCUGCCCCGCUUGCCCGGAGCGGAUUCUGCCCGCCGCCCCCGGAGCGCCUGGCGCCCCGCUGAGCCCGCGGUCGCUUCCUCCCCUUGACGGACCGGCGCUGCAGCUCAGGGCCUGGCAAUGCCGUUUGGGUGUGUGACUCUGGGCGACAAGAAGAACUAUAACCAGCCGUCGGAGGUGACUGACAGAUAUGAUUUGGGACAGGUCAUCAAGACUGAAGAGUUUUGUGAGAUCUUCCGGGCCAAGGACAAGACGACAGGCAAACUGCACACCUGCAAGAAGUUCCAGAAGCGGGAUGGCCGUAAGGUGCGGAAGGCAGCCAAGAACGAGAUAGGCAUCCUCAAGAUGGUGAAGCAUCCCAACAUCCUGCAACUGGUGGAUGUGUUUGUGACCCGCAAGGAGUAUUUCAUUUUCUUGGAGCUGGCCACGGGGAGGGAGGUGUUUGACUGGAUCCUGGACCAGGGCUACUACUCGGAGCGAGACACAAGCAACGUGGUGCGGCAGGUCCUGGAGGCCGUGGCCUACCUGCACUCACUCAAGAUCGUACACAGGAACCUCAAGCUGGAGAACCUGGUUUACUAUAACCGGCUGAAGAACUCGAAGAUUGUCAUCAGCGACUUCCAUCUGGCCAAGCUGGAGAAUGGCCUCAUCAAGGACCCCUGUGGGACCCCUGAGUACCUGGCCCCUGAGGUGGUAGGCCGGCAGCGGUAUGGAAGGCCUGUGGACUGCUGGGCCAUCGGAGUCAUCAUGUACAUCCUGCUUUCAGGGAACCCGCCCUUCUAUGAGGAGGUGGAGGAGGAUGACUAUGAGAACCAUGAUAAGAAUCUCUUCCGCAAGAUUCUGGCCGGUGACUAUGAAUUCGACUCUCCGUACUGGGAUGACAUUUCGCAGGCGGCCAAAGACCUGGUCACCCGGCUGAUGGAGGUGGAGCAAGACCAGCGGAUUACUGCGGAGGAGGCCAUCUCCCAUGAAUGGAUUUCUGGCAAUGCUGCUUCUGAUAAGAACAUUAAAGAUGGUGUCUGUGCCCAGAUUGAAAAGAAUUUUGCCAGGGCCAAGUGGAAGAAGGCUGUCCGAGUGACCACCCUCAUGAAACGGCUCCGGGCGCCGGAGCAGUCCAGCACUGCAGCCCAGUCUGCCUCAGCCACAGAUACUGCCACCCCUGGGGCUGCAGACCGUAGUGCCACCCCAGCCACGGAUGGCAGUGCUACCCCAGCCACUGAUGGGAGUGUUACCCCAGCCACAGAUGGGAGCAUCACCCCAGCCACUGAUGGGAGUGUCACCCCAGCCACCGACAGGAGUGCCACUCCAGCCACUGAUGGCAGAGCCACACCAGCCAUGGAAGAGGGCUCCAUGCCUACCACCCAAAGCAGUGCCACACUGGCCCCCAAAUCAGCUGCCACCCCUGAGCCGGCUCUGGCCCAGCCGGACAGCACAGCCCCAGAGGGCGCGACAGUCCAGGCUCUACCCUCUAGUAAAGGGGAAGAGGCUGCUGGCUGUGCCCAGGAGUCUCAAAGGGUGGAGACCAGCUGAGUGGGCAGGCUGGUGGUUGGAGGGGUGGGGAAUGGCAGGAGGGUGGGAGAGUGGAUGGGGGCUUCUCACUGUACAUAGUCACAGCAUGAUGCCCUCCUUCCUUGCCCUGCCUCUCUGCCCCCCAGCAUGGGGCAUAUCUGGUGGUCACGGGAAAGCAGUCUUGUCUCCCAUAUGUGUGUGAGUGGUGGGCAGGCCAGAAGCAGGGCCGGCCCCAGCCCCUGCAUGGAUUCCUUGUGGCUUUUCAGUCUUUUGCUAGCUUCACCAGUUUCUGUUCCUUGUGGGAUGCUGCUCUAGGGAUACUCAGGGGCUUCCUGCUCCAUUUCCCCAUCCCUUCUUGCCUCAUGAUUCCCCCAGUCAGGCCCUGCAGGUCCCCUCCUCUCCUAGGUGCCAAACUCAGGUGGCCUUGCCCAGAGAGUCAGCAGUCUUAGGCUCCUGCACAUGAAGCUGUGUGCCCACAGUGUGUGGGCUGCUCCAAGAAAGGACACAAGCUGAGACAGAGAAUGCAGAAAUGUAGGGCUGGGUGCUUUGGGACAAGACUGGUUGCAAGGGCCCACAGAGAAGUGGAAGGGCCCUCAGACGUGGAAGAGAGUGGGUAGGACGGUAGAAGCUUCCAUCUUUGGCCCUUGAAAGUCCAUCCCAAGAUCCCUGUGUCAUUUCCUGUCUCCUGGGUCCUGCACUGGGUUGCCCUGGACCCCAAGCCUAAUAAGCCUAUAAGGGGAGGGAGCAGUAAGGAUGUGGUAAUGAGACAGUCAGGGAGGGCAGAGUGCAGGCCCAGCACCCACUGCCCAGCCCAGCUGGGUCCAUACCCUGGGCCAAAUGGAGGGCUGAUAUGCCCUUGCUCUUCCUAAAUGCCUUCCUUCUCAGGCUCAGCCCUUAAGUCCUCUCUAUCUCAGCAUGCCUGCCUCAUGGCAGUGCCCCAUAGUCUAUGAUUUGGGGGUUUGCCCUUUACACGGGCAUAUUAUCUGCCCUCCCAAUUCAACAACAAAAUGGAGUGGAACCCCUUCUUUCUACAGCCCACUUCCCCUUCUGAGCCAUGCUGAGUUGCUUUUGCUGGGAUGAGGAAGUGGAACAAGGCCCCCCAGUUCCCUGAUGGAUGCUCCUGGCAGGUACCCUUGUCAGACCCCACUACAGUCUGGGCAGGCAGCCAUACCAAUCCCGGACCCCACUCAGCUCUCUGUGGUGGUCCUGCCCUUCUCCCUGCAUGCCUGUGGGUCUGCUCUGGUGUGUGUGUGAAGGUUGGUGGGCUGAGUGCCUACUGAACCUGGCAAAUAAACGUUACCCUGCCAAAGCC